AUGCGAGCUAUUAUCUGCUAUUCUCGAGGCAUAGCCCUCUUUCUGCAUGGUAGCAGAGAGAGCCGCGUUGCCAUCGCGUGUUCCCGGCGCGCGAGAUAUUCUACCGCUUCGUCGGACUGCACCGACGAGACAAUUUCUGUCCCCAUUGGAAAUAAUGGAACCAUCUCCCUUCGAAUUACGCGACCAAGCGCGUUGAGCCAGUCUAACCAGGGGCUGUCUCCGGAGAAACCAAAUGUGAUCCUUUAUCUUCCUCCUGGGCCACUAUUCAAGGGAAAUGAUCUAAAUCUCCAUCAAAUAGAUGGGAAUUCAAUCUCGGACCCUGAUACUCGCGGAGUUGGAGAUAGCAACCCCUUGAUCUCAAUAGGAGCUUCACCACAGCAUGUCCUAGCAUCUACCACUUCCGCAUUGGUAGUUACAGUCAUAUAUCGCCUAGGGGAGAUUAAACCCUCAUCAACUGAGUCUCAAGGAGCAAGCUUGGAUCAAUUAGAGUCAAAUGAAACCCAUGACCAAGCUCUGGAUUCAACCGACUCCCAAGUAGCCUCACACAAAUAUCCAACCCCAGUCCACGACACACUGGUUGGAUUCGACUGGAUCCAAACAAAUCUCCAGCCAGCCCAACUAGCAGUCUUUGGCACACAUAUCGGCGGCUCUCUAGCUCUGAUGCUAGCUUUGACAGAAGCCCGAUCCCUUCAAGCCGUGGCCGCCCUAGAACCCAUCUGCGACUGGCCGAGUCUGGAUGACUACUGCACACGGGAGACGAAAACCGAAGAGCCAUACAUAGAUAUCGAUGAAGACACAAACAGCCUGUCCACAUCCACACAUUCGACAAAGCCCAAACGCCAAAGAAAAAAGCCCGCACCACCCGACCUACUGCCCCUCCUCGAAGCCCGCUCCCGCUUCUUCUCGACCCCAGAGCGCUGCUUCGACCCCUUCGCCUCCCCGGUACUCUUCCUCCGCUCUGCAGGACGAGACGUACCACGCACAUUCCCCCGAUAUCUGACCGGACCUGAGUAUCCAGUCCCCGUCCUCCGGGAAACCCGGAAGACAACAGCCGCCGCACAAUAUCAUGCGCCGGACGGGUCGAUCUGGGAUCGAGAUGUGUAUCCUGAUGCUGAUGGUGAUGCGGCUGAUGAGCUUGCGGCUGCUGUGACGCGCCGCAGGAAGGCGCUUUCUCGGUGGCCGCCUUAUGGGCUGGACUACGGGCUUAGUGGGAAGACGUGGUCAGGGCCUGGGGAUGGUAUUGGGCGGUUGGAGGUUGUUUUGCCUUGGGUGAGGGUGUUUGCGAGGGAUAAUGAGGCUGGAUCUAGUGUGGAUGGUGGUGAGGGUGUGAGACCGCGGACGAAGACGAGGGAGGUGGGUGGUGGGCCUACAGUUCUUGCGAGACAGGCUGAUGAGAUGGUUUCUGUUAUGCAACGGGCUUGCUUUUGGGGUCGGGAGAAGAGUUAUGCUGAACGAAAAGUUACUCUUUCUAGGGUAAGUGGUGUCGAUGUCGCAGAGAAGGCGGGUGGCUGGUUCCAUGAUGUAUUUCGAGGAACGAUGGAUGACAUUGAUUAA